CUAAUUGAUAAAAGACAAGGCAUCAACGCUUGUGAAUCAUUGGGGAUGUUCAGUGUUUGAUGACGCAUUGCCAUGUCAUGGCUGAGCGGAAUUGCGAAGGGAGCUGAGGAACUCCUGAACAAGGUUGACCAGAAAACGGCCAGUGCUCUUCAUACGCCGGUGCAGCAUGGUGCCUCUGUCGCUGUCCCGCGCAUCGGCGAACUCGAUGCCAUGAAUGCUGGGCCACGCAUCCCACAUCUCGCUGCCGUCCCGCCACCUCCGCCCCCGGUCGACUUCACGCAGGCUGUCGGGAGCGUUCCGAGCCGGUCCCUGAUUGAUUCCCCGAAGCAGCGCGCGGCGGGGAAAAGUCGGCGAGCACAGGAUAAGGACGAACAGCUGCUGUUUGAGUUCCUGAACAGUGAUGAGCCAGCAGGUCCGGCUAAAAUACGCACGGCGCAGGUGAAUGGACAUUCGAGAAAGUCGAGCACUUCGUCCGUGUCGUCACACAGGAGUGGCUACGUGGAGACCGCCAGCAUGCCAUCAGGUAUGGAGACAAGCCAGGAAGGCAGCCAGAUUGCCGAGAGUGUGACCAAACUGUCUUCUGCUGAGCACGAUGUGAGCAUCAUGAUAUCUGAGGAUGGGUCGAUGCAACAGAGCAGUGCAGUGGACCAGUCUCAAAAGUUGUCAUCAUUAGAGCUUGAGAACCAGCUGCUGAGGAACGAGGUGGCAUCACUGAACCAAGAGAUCACAUCAGCUUUGAGGAGGGCAAAGGAAGCUGAGGAUGAGUUUGCGUCAGGUCGUGCUAAGCUGCAGCAGUGGAGCGCACAGCGGUCUCGGGCGGAGCAGGAGCUGGUUGAAGCGACGUCUCGCGUCUCGGACCUCGGUGAGGCACUACAGGCGAAGGACUCGCAGCUUGCUGUGCUGCGCGUUCGGCUGCAGGAAGCAGAUGCCGAGCUGCAGGGCAAGCGCAAACAUUGCGACCAGCUGCAGACCGAGCGAGAGAGAAUUCUGAGGGACCACACAGACUCUAGUGGUGCUCAUGGGUAUGCACUGGAUUCAUUAAGAGAGAAGCUGCAGGAGACAGAGGUAGCGUUAAAGCGAGAGCAAGAAGCCUACCAUAAACUGCAGGAUGAGUCGAUGGAUAAACAGAACAGGAUGCUGAGUGAGCAGCAGUACAUGGCUUCUAAUCUAGCAGAGGCUGAGAGGAAGCUAUCUGAGGAGAAAGCAAAGCAGGAGGAGUUCGGCAGGGAGCUAAAAUCUGCUAAGAAACUGGCUGGCACAGCGAGACAAGAUCUUGCAGAUUACAAGCAGAAGGCGCAGCGUAUUCUACAGUCUAAAGAGAAGUUGAUAGCUGGCCUUAAGGAGACCAGCAGUAGUGCAGAUGGCGCCACUGCUGUCAUCGCUGCCGCUGAGCUGGAGGAGACCCGGCAAGAACGGGAUGGACUACGCGAGGAGGUGCAGAAACUAGGCAUGACCAUCGAGACACUGCGAGCAGACAUGCAGGAGCUUGAGGGACAGCUUCAUCAGGAUUCUGAGUGCAGUCAGGAGCAGCUGAGGCAGCUGGAGGAGGAACUGUGUGGGGAGAGGCGUGCGCGGCGGGAGGCUGACCAGGAGGUGGUGCGGGGUGGGGAGGAGCUGAGGUUUGCGCAGGAGGACCUGCGCAAGCACAAGCUGCUCAUGCACUCACGCUUACAGGACCGCGAUAAAGAGAUAGAGAGACUCAGGAACCAGCUGACGACUAAGGCGGCAAGUACUAGUUCUGAGAGCGAGCUGGAGGCACGUCUGCACGCACUCACAGAGAGUCUCAUACAGAAGCAGACGCUGCUGGAAGCGCUCAGCACAGAGAAGAACUCAAUCCGCCUGCAGCUGGAGCGGACCGAAGUACAGUACAAGGAGGCUGAGAGACAGCUGAUGCGGGCCACCGCGUCUGCGGUCAGCAUCAACGACGACGACGACGGUCUGAGGGCGCGCGGCGUGCCGUCCCUGCUCAGGGAGAACCCGUAUGAUAACAAGAUGGCGAAGAGCGUGAAGAAAGCCUACAACUCCAUCGAUGAAUUCAGUGUGAGACUCGGGUUGUUUCUGCGGAGGUACCCCAUCGCUAGGACGUUUGUCAUAUUUUACAUGCUGCUUCUCCAUCUGUGGGUGAUGGUCGUACUGCUCACCUACACGCCAGAGAUGCAUGCACAUGGUUGCUCUCCCGACAACGGGCUGCCGUCCGCUCCCGACAACGUGCUCCCCGGUGCAAUUACCUAGUGAUCAAUCAAGGUCGUCAUCGUCUCCUCAAACACAUGCAGGCAUGAUAUAGCAGGCGAUAUAUGUCGACCCACGAUUAGACAAGUCGGAAUGGGGAUUUACUGGAAAUAGGGUAGCGCGUGUGGGCGAUUAUGCGUGCAUGUGUACAUGUGUGAUGAGUACGUGCGUGCGUGUGUACAUGUGUGAUGAGUACGUGCGUGCCUG